CCAGGGUCAGUGACGCGGCGGUAAGAUGGCGGAGUGCGCGGUUCCUGUGUUGUUCUGUUUCUCGAGUUUCUCCCGAGUGAGCUCGGUGCCGGCCGGCUCGGGCCAUGAGGUACUUAUCCAGAAAUUCCUGAGUCUUUACGGCGGCCUGAUCGGAGUGCACCGCAAGUUCGUCAUCCAACUGGAGUCACCCGAAUGGGGGGAGUACAUCGACCUGCCCAAGGGCUUCGUGGUCACCGAGCGGUGCAAACUGCGGCUCGUGUCUCUGCAGGUCCCGAUGACUUCGCUUGGAAACCUAGUGGCUUCCAGUACUGUCUUUUUCUGUUGUGAUAUGCAGGAAAGGUUCAGGCCUGCAAUCAAGUAUUUUGGAGAUAUCAUAAGUGUAGGCCAAAGGCUGGUUCAGGGUGCUCACGUUUUGGGAAUUCCUGUUAUUGUCACUGAGCAAUAUCCAAAAGGACUCGGGAGUACCGUCACAGAAAUUGAUGUGACAACAGCCAAGAUGGUUGUACCGAAAACAAAAUUUUCAAUGGUUGUACCAGUCGUGGAAGAUGCUCUGAAUGAAAUGCCAGGAGUUCAAAGUGUUGUGUUGUUUGGAGUUGAGACUCAUGUUUGCAUACAGCAGACUGCACUGGAUCUGAUUGGAAGAGGCCUUGAAGUCCAUAUUGUCGCUGAUGCAACUUCUUCAAGGAGUAUGAUGGACAGGAUGUUUGCUUUAGAGCGUCUAGCCCGGACCGGGAUUAUAAUUACCACCAGUGAAGCCAUUCUCCUCCAACUGGUUGCUGACAAGGAUCAUCCUCAUUUCAAGGAAAUUCAAAACCUCAUCAAAGCAAGUGCACCAGAAUCUGGGCUCCUGUCCAAAGUCUAAGCAAACAGGAGCAACACAGUUGUGCAGUUAUAUUGUCUGGCAAAGGAGUCAUUCCAAAGAAUCGGAAGCACAUUCAGAUUUGGCAUCCCAUAAGCACCAUCCGGCUUAAGUGCUUAAAAUAGUUUGGGUACCAGUGUGAUCUUCCUGUGUUGCAUUUUGCUGUCUGUCAUGGUUGCAGGUUUUAAUUGCUACAGAUACUAUGGAGCAGCAUUUCUGGAAGUGUUAUCAGCUGCCUAUUUAUUUGAGUAAAAAAAUAAUUGAAUCCUGGGAGUAAAUUCUCUUGGUUUUGACUACUUGUGCACUUUGUAAAUGCAAAUACAUGUUCUAUGAAAUCACUUUUAUAAAUCAUUGCAUUGAAUUAAACUGCUUUGAAAUGUA